UUCUUGUUUCUGGAAAUACUCAUAGAACGAAGAGCGAGAGAGAGAGAGAGAGAGAGAAAGAGAGAGAGUUUCCUUUCCAUUUUCCAUUUUUGAUGUUAAAAAUUGAGUAAAAUUUUCUUCUUUGAGCUUAGAGAAUAGAGAGAUGAAGAAGGAUAAAGGAGUGGCAGUAGCUAAUUCUAUGAGCCCUAAUAACAGCGGAGAAGACACAGAGAAAGAUUCCCUUUUGCCCACCAUCCGAUUCUCUUCUCGAAAUGCUUCCUCCAAAUACGACUUCGUCAAGGUGAAGGUCUGGUUGGGUGACAAUGCAGAUCACUACUAUGUUCUGUCCAGAUUCUUGCUCAGCAGAAUGUUAACUGUCACUAAGAUUCCUAAUCAUGUAGCUAUCAAAAUUGCUCUUGAACUCAAGAAGUUGCUCAUAGACAACAGUCUUCUAGAUGUCUCUCAGUCUGAUUUGGAAGCUAAUUUGUUCAAGCUUAUGGAGCGACGGGGUUAUGGGGAAGAGUACAUUAAUCGUUACAAGAUGAUGACCAGAUUUCACCAUCAAAGAGUACCAUUGGUAAUUCUUGUGUGUGGAACUGCCUGUGUCGGGAAGUCUACCAUUGCUACUCAACUGGCACAAAGGCUAAAUUUGCCGAAUGUCCUACAGACAGAUAUGGUAUAUGAAUUGCUACGAACAGCAACAGAUGCGCCAUUGGCAUCUACUCCAGUAUGGGCCCGGGACUUCAGCUCUUCUGAGGAAUUAAUCACUGAAUUUUGUAGAGAGUGUAGAGUUGUUCGUAAAGGUUUGGCUGGUGAUUUGAAGAAAGCUAUGAAAGAUGGAAAACCAAUUAUAAUUGAGGGCAUACAUAUAGAUCCUAGCAUUUAUUUGAUGGAUGAUGAAAGUAAAACACCAGCUAAUGUGCCGGAAAAAUCAAAAGAGGCUAAUCAGGUAGCUGUGACAUGCGGUGAUGGUACAGAAACAGAAAUGGAAAAUAAUUCUACUAAUGUUUGUGGAAGUGACAGUAAAAAGAGCAACUGUCCCGGGCAUGUGAGCUCAGAAGAAGGGAUAUUGGCUGAUAACAUGAAUAAAGUCUCAGAUACUCUUGAAUCUCUCAGCCUAGCAGGAAGUGUCCCUGGUAGCAAAGGUGAAAGUCUUAAGGAUCCAGAGAUAAACGGAAAUGCUUCUGUUAGGAAGGAGAAGUCUGGUGCUGAACCAAUAAUUGUACCUAUAGUUCUGAAAAUGUCUGAAUUUGAUCAUAAGGCAUUACUAGAGGAGUGGAUCUCGACUCGUACAUUUAAUGAUAAAUUUCUAGUCCAGGAUAAAGAUAAGCUAAUGACCAACUUAAAGACCAUUCAGGACUAUCUUUGCUCAUUCAAGUCACAGGGUUUGACGGUUGCCAAUAUAUCAGCAACAACGUUCCCACAAACAUUGGAUUGGCUGCACAGUUAUCUUCUUCAGUGUAUUGAGCAGGGCAUUUCAUCGGAGACCAAUGAAGAUGGUAGACAACCAACUGAAAAUUAGAGCACAUGCUGAAUCCAGAGACUUUGUAACUCUAUCCGCCCCCUCGACAUUCAAGUACAACUGAAACCACCAAAAUAAGAAAAGAAAAGAAAAAGAAGAAGAAGAAAAGGUACAGCAUUGUAGUUAUGGUUAAAUAUCUUCAUCCCACAAAUCAUGAAGUGUCUUGUAUGGGCUUGUUGUUUGGUUAACAAGAAAAUCCCCUCUCAUGGUCUUGCUCUGCUCCAAAUUGUCAAUCUCAAGGAAAUCUUGGUCAUCCAACUUCAAAUCAAAGGACCCCAUGUUCUCCUUCAUCCUAUCUUUAUUAAAGCUCUUGACUAUCACGCUUGAUCCUUUCGAUAUUCCCCAUUGUAGAGCAACCUUCAUAAUUUGAAGCAAACUUUGAGUCUUUGGUAAUCUUUUGCAGAUAAAAUGUAAUUGGAUAUGGCACUCUUAGCAUGAUUUACAACUUAAUUUAUCGGUGCAUGGUAUAAAAGGACAAUUUUGGAACAAUUUCUUCCAUAUUGUAUUUGUACUUUACGUAUUAAAUUCAAUCAUAUGACUCUAUUGGUCAAAAAGUUAUAUAGUUGAAUUUAAUGGUCAAUAAGUUAUAUAAUUGAAUUUAAUGGAAAACGUUAUGUAAAAUACUUAAAGGAUUGUACCCAAGUUUUAUACUUUUCAAAUUAAA